UUUUUUAAAUACGGAAGCAGAUUACAAGUAGGUCAAGGUCAUAUUUUCAAAUAAGUGUGAUCUUGAAACCGUUUUUGAAUUAUCCUUGGACCACGCACACCUUUAAAUAAUCACCUGGAGAAAUCCAAAAACGUGUAGGCUGUCCAUCAAAUGAUGAAAUAAAUUAAGACCUCUUAUCUUAACUAUUAGAUAACUAAUUGACGUGAGUCUGGAGAACAGCGUGAUGGACAAUAAAUCAAGAAAGUGACACACUGCAUCUUCGACAUGGACGGCUUGCUUUUGGACACGGAGCGUCUCUACUCGGAGGCCAUGCAAAUGAUCCUCGAUGAUUAUGGCAAGGAGUUUACAUUCGAUGUCAAGGAACAGAUCAUGGGCCUGCAGACUAGAGCAGCUGCUGAGUUUAUGGUCCAGCACUAUGACCUGCCCAUUCCCUGGGAAGAGUGGGCCAAGCGGCAGCAGGCUAACACCGAAAAACUGAUGCUACACUCCCAAUUGAUGCCAGGUGCUGAGCGCUUACUGCGUCACCUUCAUGCCACUAAAACGCCAUUUGCUUUGGCCACCAGCUCUGGCCUCCACAUGAUGCAGCUUAAGACCACCGAUCACCGGAGCUGUUCGGUUUAUUCAAUCAUAAAGUGUGGUUCCAGCGAUAAGGAGGUGGCAAAUGGCAAGCCUGCUCCUGAUAUAUUUCUGGUGGCAGCUGCCCGGUUCGAUGUGCCACCCGCUGCCGCUGACUGUCUGGUUUUCGAGGACUCUCCCAACGGGGUUACCGCUGGCAUGAGUGCGGGCAUGCAGGUGGUCAUGGUUCCCGAUCCGCGGAUGCCACAGGAAAAGUGUUCCCAUGCCACACAGGUGCUAAGCUCGCUCGAAAAGUUUAAGCCGGAGAUAUUCGGACUGCCUCCUUUUAAGGAAUAAUUUCGGUGUUCUUUUUGUAGUCGGGUGAUGCUAAUAAUGGAAAGUUGUGUAUCUUUCAGUUAUGGAUUUGAAUUUGUUAUUCAAAACGUACCUAAAUACACACAUGUAUUCGUAAAAAUUA